AUGGGACCCUCGCUACUAUCCAAGUCGCUCCAAGCCGCUGGCAUCACGACCUUCGCGAGCGUGUGCGCCUUCGCCGUGUGGACGAAGCACUGCCACUUCACGGCUCCCGCGCAGUUCAACCCGGCCACCGAGCCGCUCUUCCGCUCUGCGUGGUUCGCCAGGUUCAACCCGCGCAACCACGAGGCCACCUACGACGAGUGCGUGCGCCGCAUCAGUCUCAGCAAGAUCCGGCCUGAGCUGCUCGAGGAUGCGCGGCAAGGGGGGACGAGGCUGGUCGAGGAGUUUUGCAGGGGCGUUUGGGGCGGGCCUGGCUACACAAUCCAACGCCUCUACCUACAAUCCAAAUACCGCAACGACACCACGACGGCGCACCAGCUGUGGACGCCCGCGCAGCUGCGCAGCUCGACGUACGAGGUGGGGACCGAGAUCACGGAUCACUUCGUCGUGCUGGACAAGACCCCCGACCGCAUCCUCAUCCGCUGCGGCGACUCGCCCCUGCACAAUCCGGACAAGCCCCGGCCCUCGGAUGGACUGUUCGAGAUGUGCGCCAAGGCCGAUUUUGACCAGGGCUUCGCCGAGUUCAGGCUGAAGAGCAUCUUCUACGUCGGCGAGGGCGAGUGGGCGUCGGCGUCGGCCAAUCGCGGACCCAUGCAGGGGACCAUGCUGUACGCGCACAAGUUGUACACGAAGUUGUGGAUGGAGAGUGCGCUGAAAAGGGUCAAGCAGUGA